AUGAAGAUCUCAAAUGCUAUACUGCUGAGGGCUGCUUUUGCUCGUCAGGCAGCAGCGAAAGCAGUAUUCGCCCAUUACAUGGUUGGAGGUAUCACCCAACACCACGCAAAUACCGACAUCCAAGGUGCCAUCAACGUCGGCUUCGACGCCUUCGCGCUCAAUUUCAUGAGUGUCGAAAGCUGGUCCACCGAUGCCAUCAGUGAACUCUUCACUGCUGCAAAAGGGACAGACUUCAAACUCUUCUUCAGCUUCGACAUGGGUCAUUUCACGAACCCGUCUCAAUUUUUGCCUAUUCUCAAGAAAUAUGUGGGUCACGAUAAUUACUAUCUAUAUGACAAUAAGCCCUUUGUGAGCACGUUUGAUGGAGGUCGACUUACAUUUGGGUCCUCGGAUCCGAACUUUGAAUGGCAGAGCACGUUCAAGGACGCUUUGAGUGAUGUGGGAUAUCCGAACAAAUUCUUUCAUACCUUCACUGUUGUUGAUGGUGCGUUCUCAUGGGAGUCUGCUUGGCCAUAUGAGGAUGCUGGAUUUGCCAAUGUCAGUGACAAGGUGGACAGCGCUAUGAUCGCUGCUGCACACGACGUUAACAAGUACCGCAGGGGUGAAUCCAACUUAUACACCCGCAUGGCUCAAAUUCUCACCUUAAAAUCAGACCUCGUCGAAGUCAUCACCUGGAACGAUCCCGGCGAGGGUCAUUACAUAGGAAAUUUCUGGAAUGAAUCGCUCGGCAACACCAAUAUUGCCACUUAUGCCGGUGGGUUUGAUCAUACGGGCUGGCAACAGGUUAUCUUACCAUUUAUCACUGCCUAUAAGAAGGGUGCUUCGGAUAUCAGUGAGAUAACUACUUCAUCAAGUGUUGGCGUUAUAUGGUACCGAACACUGUUGACGACUACGUCGUGUAAGCAUGAUUUUAUAGGACUACCAAGGUCACAUGAGAACGCACAGGAUACUACCAACUACGCGAUCAUCCUUCCGGAAUCGGGCAAUAAGUAUACCAUCAAUGUGCAUAGCGAUGGCAAAUUGAUCGGAACAGCUGCUGGUGUCACUGGCCUCAACAGCGGCAGUGUUACAGGCCUUGAAGCUGGGCGCGCAGAUACUCAAUACGUUGAAGUUAUCGAGACGGGUUCAAAUGGUACUAAGACCACUAUUCUUGCUGCCACUGGUACCAAGGAUGUGGUGGCUGAGACGUCAGGGGUUUGCAAUUAUAAUUAUGAGGUUGUUGCUAUGUCCGGGUCUGGAACAGUAAGAACUGCUUCUUACAAGAGUUCAUCGGCACUGACAGCUGCAGAAUCAACAUUAACAUCCACGGCAGGAACGAUAUCGGGUUCUGUAACAGCAAGUCUGGUUGCAGAUUCGGUCCAUCUGAGCACUACAAAAAUUGUGGCGAUGGAGGUCUUCGCGGCGAGAAAGGGAACUUCGAUAGACACUUUGGCGGGUGGUUAA